AUAACAGUAUUUUAAUUUUCGGGUGAACUAAUCAUUAAAAUAGUACCAAUUUUUCCUCAGAUGUACAACUACUAACCCUUGUUUUCUUUUUCUCUGCAGCCUGGUUGUUCCAGACCUGUGUGUGAAGAAGCAGCGUAUAUGCUAAUACUGAAACAUCCUUCAGCAAGCAUGCAUGUGAUAGAAAUGUAUGAGUGGUUUGAUCAAGCUGGAUUCAUUUCACUCGUCAUGGAGUACCCCCAACCUUGCGUAUCUCUGCGGGACUAUAUAUACAUGCAUGACAAACUGUCAGAACGGGUUGCACGUUCCCUGCUGCACCAGUUAGUCCAGGCAAUGCAGCACUGCAUUGACCAUGAUGUUUCCCACAACGACAUGCAUGCUGACAACAUCCUAGUCAACACAACGAAGGUGGAGCUCAAGCUGAUUGACUUCGGUUGUGCUACCAAAAUCAGAGCAGAAGAUUAUCAAGCUGUCGUCUUUUCAAGCAUCUGGAACGUAGGCUACAUGCUGUAUUUCAUGGUGCAUGGAAGACAACUAGUGAACAGAAUUUCUGGAAGGAAGCGCCACCUUUUGUUUGGUCCCAGUGUAUCCAGUGACUGCUGGGAUCUGAUAGAAAAGUGCAUGGAUAAAAAAUUGUCAACGUUGGAGGACGUCUUACAGCACCAGUGGAUGAAGAAGCAGGAGAUGGAGGAGCAGGGAUGA